UCCCAGCAAUAAUCGCAUCAGUGCGGGGUGAGCAACAGCUCAAAGCUUUGCCAAUGGAGUACUCCCCAGUUUCGCUCCUUUGGCUCGGCCUCCUCCUUCCGGCACUCCUAGCUUUCCUUCUCAGCCGUCGGAAGCACACCAAGCUUCCCCCUCAGCCUCCGGCAUGGCCCGUGAUCGGAAACAUCCUCGACCUCUGGCCCGAGCCGCACCAGAACCUCCACCGCUUCCGAGCUGAGCACGGGCCUGUCACGUGGUUGAAGCUCGGUUCCCUGAACACCAUGGUGAUCCAAUCGGCUCAGGCCGCCGCGGAGUUCUUCAAGGGCCACGACCUCGUGUUCGCGGACCGCAAGUGUCCCCACGCGCUGACGGCUCACGGCUACGACCAAGGCUCCCUUGCCGUCGGCCGUUACGGCGGCUACUGGCGCGUUCUCCGGCGUCUGUGCUCCGCGGAGCUCCUCGUGAACAAGCGGAUCAACGAGACGGCCCACCUCAGGCAGAAAUGCGUCGACAGCGUGAUUGCCUUUGUAGAGGAAGAAAUGGUGGCUAAACGAGCAACAAUAGAGCAAGGAAUCGACUUAUCCCACUUCCUCUUUCUCCUGGCGUUUAAUGUGAUGGGCAACAUGGUGCUGUCGCGGGACCUGUUGGACCCGCAAUCGAAGGAUGGGCCGGAGUUCUUCGACGCCAUGAACCGGUUUAUGGAGUGGGCCGGCAAGCCGAACGUGUCCGACUUCGCGCCAUGGUUGAGAUGGUGGGAUCCGCAGGGGAUCAAGGCAGGCAUGGCGAAGGACAUGGGUCGAGCCAUGAAGAUCGCCGAAGGGUUCGUGAAAGAGAGGUUGGAGGAGCGAAAGCUCGGGGGAGAGACGAGAGCGACGAAAGACUUCUUGGACGCAGUCUUGGAUUAUGAGGGCGACGGGAAAGAAGGGCCGCCCAAAAUCUCUUCGCAGAACGUCAACGUAAUCAUUCUGGAAAUGUUUUUCGCUGGAGCGGAGACUACAAGUAGCACCAUCGAGUGGGCAAUGGCGGAGCUGCUCCGCCAACCCGAGUCGAUGAAAAAGGCCAAGGAUGAGCUCGACCAGGCUGUGGGUUCGAACGGAAAGCUCGAAGAAAUUGACACGGAAAAUAUGCCGUUUUUGCAAGCUGUAGUGAAGGAAACCCUAAGGUUGCAUCCACCAUUACCUUUACUCAUCCCACGAAAUACUCUAAAGGAAACCAAAUUCAUGGGCUUUGAUAUACCCAAAGACACCAUGGUUUACGUGAAUGCGUGGGGCAUAGGGAGAGACCCGGAUGCUUGGGAGGACCCAUUGGCAUUCAAACCGGAGAGGUUCCUGGGAUCCAACAUCGACUACAAGGGUCAAAACUUCGAGCUGAUUCCGUUCGGAUCGGGCAGAAGGAUGUGCGUCGGACUUUCGCUGGCACAUAGGGUGCUGCAUCUUGCUCUUGCGUCGUUGCUCUACCGUUUUGACUGGGAACUCGGUGGCGGUCUGACUCCAGAGACCCUCGACAUGAGAGAUCGGUCGGGCAUAACCCUAAGGAUGCUCCAUCCUUUGAAAGUGAUACCUAAGAAACGUAGUGUGUGAGGUCUUUUGAAUGUCUUAAGUUUAUUAGCGCUGAUCUUAUUGUGUCAAACAUUUGGGUCUUGUUUAAAUUUGUAUGACUUGUGCAUGUAGCAGGGGUAGCUCACCUGCCUUUUAUGUCAUCGAUAAUACCUUACUUGUCAAAAAA